AUGGCUUCCCAUCAAAAUAUUUUGACAAGAAGUUUGUAGAUUUUGUCCUUAUAAUUCCAUAGGCUGUAGGCCACUAUUGACUUUCCUGGAAACGACAUUUUGUGCUGUUAGAUGUGAGGCACCUGUAUCGAAAUGGUUUGAGGUCUCUGGAUCAAGAUCAAAAUGGAGAAGUAUGAAACCAUUGCGGAGAUUGGGAGAGGAGCUGGUGGCCCUGUGUAUCAGGUGCGGAAUAAGGAAAAUAACAAAUUUGCUGCCCUAAAGCGAUUGGAAAUUAACGAGAAGAAAAAGACGAAAACUAAAGAUGCUGUCUGUCGCGAAGCCAGUAUCCUCUCCAAAUUGAAGCAUCCACACAUUGUUGCAUAUCACGAUUCGUUCUUCGAUGAAGACCAGCGCUAUCUCUGCAUCGUUCAGGAUUAUUGCGAUGGAGGAACACUUGACGAUCGGAUACGACAGGCGGAGAAGAAAAAUGAGCAUUUUCCAGAGAACCAGAUUAUGCAGUGGUUUAUUCAGAUCGUGAUGGCCGUCCAGUACAUGCAUUCAAAUAAAGUCUUACACAGAGAUAUCAAACCACAGAACGUGUUUAUGACGAAGAAAGGUGUGGUCAAACUCGGUGAUUUUGGAAUCUCUAAAACAUUAGAGAGCACAAUCGAUGUGGCCAAAACCUGUGUUGGAACACCGUGCUACUUGAGUCCAGAGUUGUGUACAGACGUCCCGUACAGUUCCAAGUCGGAUGUUUGGGCGGUCGGCUGUCUGUUGUAUGAGAUGUGUGCCCACCGUGUUGCAUUUGACGGCCAGAGCCUUGCUGGGUUAUUUUAUAAGAUAAUUCAAGCAGAAUUUCAGGAAGUCCCGGCUCAUUGCUCGGCUAAAAUGCGUGAUCUCAUCAAGGCGACUUUGACAAAGACUCCUGAAGACAGACCAAGUGCCAGUAAUAUUCUAAACAUGCCAUUCGUCCGUGAGCACCUCGAUCGCUUUGUCGAAGAGAAGGAAUACCUCCAGCAGCAGCGAGAAUUAAAGAUGUCGCCAGCGAACACGCUCGAUAAAAAAGGAAGCAAAUUAUUCCGGCCCAAAACGUCGCCAGUCAAAUCAUUGAAGUACCUCUCGCCGAAUUCCACCCUCGGAUCUGAAGACCAGAGUCCAUCGCUUCAGAGGAAACGACCCGUGUCAAGUGCUGCUCUCUAUUGUGGUAAUCUAUCAGUGCCAAAUGACUCGUUAAAGAGCUCAUCGUUAAAUAGCAGUUUAACCGGAAGUGAGGCAGAAGUCGAUCAAACAGCUAAUAACCACCAGGAACCGGAUUACGCCGAUGACUUUGAACCUCUGGAUGAGGAGCAAGAACAUUCCGAUCAGUCAGACGUGGACGAAGCAUACAGAGAUGUACUCCAAAGACCAGAUAUCCCUGAGGAGCUUCCUGAUGGAGCGUAUGGGUUGGACGAGGAUGGCCGACGGGCUGCUGCUGCUGCUGAUUCAGAUUCUGAGGAGGGGGAUGAACCAGAAUAUGAUGAUGAUUUCGAGGAAUACAUGUCUGACGAGGAUUUGGAUCAGAUCGUGACGACGGCCAAACAGACGCAGGACCGGGUUGACCGGAAGGUGGGAAGUGACGAGGAAUACGUCGAGGAGGCGAGGCCAGAGAGUAACGCGUCUCUCAGGAGGAACAUGAUCAUGCAGCACUGUGAAGAGGUUAUAGGGAAAGCGAAAUUCAAAGAACUGCAGAAAUACUGGGGCGAUGUGGACACGAGGCCGCAAUUUGAUCACAUCGUCGGCAACGAACACAAAGAGACAUGUUACCUUGUUAUCGAACUCUUAAAUGCCGCUAUAGAAUGAUGAGGGCAAACCAAGGAGACUGAUGUUUUCCGUCCAUAAUUUUCAUGAAACAGAUGAUUGGUGGUUCAGAGAUAGAAGUGCUUGUUUUACAAACAAAGAAGCUGUGAAUGUGAUGUUGAGAUAUUGAGGGAACUGCUGUCAUUUGAUUGAUCUUUUUCAUCCACAAUUUCUGACGAUUUGCAAAAUAUGAUUAAGGUUUAAAGAUAGAAGUGCUUUAUUUACACACAAAGAAGUUGUGAAUGUGAUUUUGAGAUCACAGAGGAACCUGUGUCAUUCGAUAACUCUUUUCGACCACACUUUGCUUUCGCCAAAUCUGAUCAAAUUACAGAAAAGGUGCUUUAUUUUGCUUACAGUGUGGUUCUGAAUAAGCUGCAAUCUGUCGGGUGAUGAUUCAGCGAUUCCUAAUAGGGUACUUUAGCAAUAAUUUGAGUCUGAUCAGAACAAAAGCUUGCUUCACUUCAGCUUAUUGUCGUAGUUUACUAGCCUGACGUGAGGGGAAAGGUCAUUUUCAGGUCACUGAGAUUUAGCGACAAAGGUGGAGGACUUUGGGGAUUGACCCCCAUAUUUUAACGGGACAGAGGAGGGGUAGAAAGCUAUCUUUCGACUGGCACCCCGUUUUCCCCCCUGCUGAAAUAAGUAAAACUAAUCCGUCCAACACUUAAGAGUAGUACCGUAGUACUAGUAGUAGCAAGUACAGAUUAGAGAGGUUACCAGAACCUGCUGUCCAUGGGCGGGUUGACCCACAGUACCUGUUGUCCAGUAAAUGUAUUUAUAAGAUUUGAUCAUGAAUAUUGUCCAAUUUAAGUUUGCUAUUGUGAAUGUUUGUGUAUAUAUGAUGUUUUGGCUUCAGUUUUUAAAAGUAGAUGAUGGACUAAUAAUCCAGCCACUACAAUUCCCACUGUUUGGUUCAGUGCAUGAAGGCCCUGGCGAUUUAGCAGCAUCUCGUGGGGAAAUUUGGUGGGAAUAACCUUAAAACAGUAUGGGAUAUCGAUUUAGAUGUACAGCAGAACCUCCCUUAGCGGAUACCUCUCUAUUAAGUAUGCCCUCUCUAUUAAGGACACUACUUUUGGCUGUUUUAACCCAGAUUUAGCUAGAACUCCUUGGCAGUUCAUGAAGGGAGUAUGUCUAGGAUGACAAAAUUAAUGAACUGCCUUGGGAGUGUGGGUUGGGUUCCUAGUCAUGAAGUGGCUUGCCAGAUUUAAAUAAACAAAUUUAUUUUUAA